CAGGAAUUGGCUUCUGUGUGUUUCUGUUAGCUAGCUGAAGCUAAAAUCUGUGUUUUAACUAAAUAUAAAGUAGAUAAUCUGUUGGAUUUACACCCGGACUCAAGAUGGGGAAGCGCCAGCAUCAAAAGGACAAGAUGUACAUUACAUCUACAGAGUACACUAACUUCUACGGAGGGAAACGAGCAGAAAUCCCUCAGGCGGACUUCAGGCGGCUUUCAUUCGACCACUGCUCUUUGUCCCUUCAGCCGUUUGAGUAUCCUGUCUGCAGUGACGAGGGAGUCGUCUUUGACCUGCUGAGCAUUGUUCCAUGGAUCAAGAAGUAUGGUACUAAUCCUGCUACUGGAGAGAAAAUGGAGGCCAAGUCCCUCAUCAAACUCAACAUGGCCAAGAACAAUGACGGAAAGUAUCACUGCCCCGUUCUGUACAACGUCUUCACAAAUAAUUCUCACAUCGUUGCCAACAAGGUCACAGGCAACGUGUACUCAUAUGAGGCUGUCGAACAACUCAACAUCAAGACCAAGAGUUUUAAAGAUCUGCUGACCGAUGAACCCUUCACCAGGAAAGACAUCAUCACACUUCAGGAUCCCACAAAUCUGGACAAAUUCAACAUCGCCAACUUCUAUCAUGUAAAAAACAGCCUGAAGGUUUUGGAUCCAGAGGAGGAGAAGGCCAAGCUGAACCCGGCGUACCACCUGAAGACCACCGACCUGGAGACAAGAGAGACUCUAGCCGAGCUGUACAAAGACUACAAAGGGGACCAGCUCCUGGCUUCCACCAUGAAGGAGCCAGAGGCCAAGAAGACGGACAAAUUGAACGCCGCUCACUACUCCACCGGCAGAGUUUCCGCCUCCUUCACAUCCACGGCCAUGACUCCUGCAACAACACACGAAGCAGAUGCCAUCGCUGACGACACCGUGCGUUACCAGUACGUGAAGAAGAAAGGCUACGUCCGUAUGCACACAAACAAGGGAGACCUGAAUCUGGAGUUACACUGUGAUAAGGUUCCCAAAGCUGGAGAGAACUUCAUCCGCCUGUGUAAAAAAGGCUACUACGACGGGACAGUCUUCCACAGGUCCAUCCGUAAUUUCAUGAUUCAAGGAGGGGACCCCACUGGCACCGGCACAGGAGGGGAAUCCUUCUGGGGGAAACCUUUCAGGGACGAGUUUCGGCCCAACUUGUCCCACACAGGCAGAGGAGUCCUCAGCAUGGCUAACUCCGGCCCGAACACCAACAAGUCCCAGUUCUUCAUCACAUUCAGGUCGUGCACCUACCUCGACAGGAAGCACACAGUGUUUGGAAGAGUUGUUGGUGGAUUUGAAGCGCUGACGGCGAUGGAGAAUGUGGAAAGUGAUCCUAAAACAGACAAACCCAAAUCGGAGAUCAAGCUCAUAAGUACGACUGUGUUUGUGAACCCGUACGAAGAGGCGGAUGCUCAGAUUGCAGCAGAGCGAGAAAAAGAGCUGCAGAAGAAGCAGGAGGAGGAGAUGCAGCAUGACAGCGCCGCCCUGAAGAAAGCAAAGGAGGAGAAGGCGCCAAAGACCUUUAAAGAAGGUGUGGGGAAAUAUAUCAACCCCACCACGGCAAAACGCUCGGCCCCUGAAGCCGACAGCGAACCGUCUACCAGCGGUGUAACAGUCAAGAAGUCCAAAGGAAAGACCGGCUUCGGAGACUUCAGCUCCUGGUAGCUCCGACAUCUUCAGUUAAUCACGUUAAAGUUAUCUCUCUGUAUUUUUACUGGUCAGGCGUCAGAGUGCGAGAAAAUGUUUAAUUUUUCAAUUCUUACCAUUUUUUGUUGUCUUUAUCACGUCUACAUAGUGUUUGCUUUUAUAGUGUAAAGCAAUGAAUUAAAGCGUCUUUU